AAUUUCUUUCUCUGAGUAAAAGGGGAGAAUAUAUGCCCAUCGCCUAGUUCCGCGCGCUCUAUUCCUUGUCAAGGAAGCUAAAAAUUCCGCAGCCACAGUCCCAAUCCAUCUCCAUCUUCCUGUUUCUUCGUCCAUUUCUUCAUGGUUCUGUCACAGAGCCUCGGCCAUGGCAACCCUGAGCCAACCGACAGUUUCCUAACGUCGCCUUUCAUGGACGACCUCGAUUCAGUUUGCUCCACGCCCUUCGUCAGCGCUCCAUCGAGCCCCGGCCGCAGCCCCUCCCCGGGAUUCUUCUUCAGCGCUCCUGCGAGUCCCAUGCACUUCGUUCUAUACUCUGCUUCGUCGUCUGCCGCUCGUCCAGCGUUGGAGUAUCCGCAGAUCGACUCGUCGUCGUCGUGCGACUUCGAGUUUGACUUUUCGUCUCGGUCGUCGAACAGUGGUCCCCUCGGCCGUGGAUCCAUGUGCUCCGCCGAUGAACUAUUUUCGAACGGUCAGAUCAAGCCGAUGAAGCUCUCAUCGCAUCUACAGAAGGCUCAGAUCUUGGCGCCGCUGCUAGAUCUGGAGACUGAGGAGGAAGACGACAGAGACGGCGAAGAAGCGGAGCGGGACGGUGAAGUGGUUAAGAGAGGGAGAGAUCUGAGGCUGAGGAGCAGAUCGGUUCAUCGGAAGGCAAGAUCUCUCUCUCCGCUUAGAAACGCAGUGUAUGAGUGGAACGAAGAAGUAGGUGAAGAAGAAGAAGGGCGCGUCAGGGAGAGAGAGGUAAAGGAAUGCCUUCGGAAGCUGGAGGACGAUUACGAGCAGGAGACGAAGCUGAACGAAACCGUUCUGUCGAUUGAAACGACGCCGUCUUGUUCUGCUUCAUCUUCCCGGUCGUUGUCCUCCGGUAGAAACUCCAAGAAGUGGAUAUUCCUCAAGGAUCUGCUGCACAGAAGCAAAAGCGAAGGAAGAGGGAACGCGAAGGAGAAGUUCUGGUCCAACAUUUCCUUCUCUCCGUCCAAAGAGAAGAAGCUGAAAUCUCCAUCUCUGACCAUCUCCAAGGAAGAGAAACCACUUCCAGGGACAGAAAACCCCGCGAACGCAAACGCAGCCGCCGCUGAAACCCAGAAGCAGAAGCAGAAACAAGCGCCGGCGAAGAAAUCUCCGGUGGCCGGAAAAGCGAAAAUGGGCAUAGCGAAGCGGCGGGGAAUACAGCCGUCAGCCCACGAGCUGCAUUACACGGCGAACAGAGCUCAGGCAGAGGAGAUGAAGAAGAGAACAUACUUGCCGUACAAGCAUGGACUUUUCGGCUGCCUAGGGUUCAGCUCCAAAGGUUACAGUGCCCUAAACGGAUUAGCCCGCACCUUGAACCCCGUCUCAUCCAGGUAAUCCAAACCUCAAAUUAUGCCAUUAAAUUCCAAAUAGUUGUCAUUAUCCGCUGUCUAGAUUUCGGUUUCAGGAGGCACCUAAGUCCGCCUAAAUAUCUCAUGUAAGAUAUUAUUAUAUUCUUCGGACUUAUUUUA